AUGGAGGUCAUCCAAGCUUCCUUGCUGCCUCAGGAAGCUCCGACAGCGACCUGGACCAACAGCUCUAUCCCCGCCGACUCCCAUUUCCUGUUCCUCUCCACUGCCUCUGAACCACGUCUGAGCUUCUCACCAACCGACGGCACUUUGCUCUUUAACUCCAGUCACAACGGCACCGAACCGGAAUCCCUGCCCGGUUUGGCCGGGAUUUUCAUUCCUCUUAUCUAUGGGAUAGUGUGUAUCGUUGGCCUGGUGGGAAACACUCUGGUCAUCCAUGUUAUAGUCAACUACACCAAGAAUGAAUCUGUCACCAACAUUUACAUUCUCAAUUUAGCCAUUGCGGACGAGCUGUUCAUGCUGGGUCUGCCCUUCCUGGCCGUGCAGAACGCCCUGCUGUCCUGGCCCUUCGGCUCGCUCAUGUGCCGGGUGGUCAUGACGGUGGACGCCAUCAACCAGUUCACCAGCAUCUUCUGCCUGACGGUGAUGUCCGUGGACCGCUACCUGGCCGUGGUGCACCCCAUCCGCUCCUCCUGGUGGCGGCGCCCUCACGUGGCCAAGGCUAUCAGUGCCACGGUGUGGGCGGGGUCCUUUGUGGUGGUGCUGCCGGUGGUGGUGUUUGCUGAUGUGCUGAAGGACGAUGGGAACUGCAGCAUCGUGUGGCCGGAGCCAGCAGAGGUGUGGAAGACAUCUUUCAUCGUGUACACGUGCACUGUUGGGUUUUCCUGCCCCCUGCUGGUCAUCUGCUUGUGCUACCUGCUGAUUGUCAUCAAGGUGCGGAGUGUCGGCAAGCGGGUGCAGGCCUCAUCCUCUCGAAGCAGGAAGUCGGAGCGUAAGAUCACCCGGAUGGUCGUUAUCGUGGUGGCGGUGUUCGUCCUCUGCUGGCUCCCGUUCUACGCUCUGAACAUUGUCAACCUCCUGGUGGUCCUGCCAGGGGACUUCAGGGGGCUCUACUUCUUCGUUGUCGUGCUCUCGUACGCAAACAGCUGUGCCAACCCCAUCCUGUACGGGUUUCUGUCCGACAACUUCAAGAGAGGCUUCAGGAAGGCCCUGUGCCGCACCUCACGCAGGGUGAAGAGCGACCGGGCCUGCACGGAGGCACGGCGGCCCACGGAGGAGUGGGGGGGCAUCGUGCUGCAAACGCACAAACGUGAAGGAGGGGCCGGCAACGAUCGAAUGAGGGAGCGUGGUGACGAAGAGCAGGCAGAAAUCAACGGGACAGAAGGGGCCAUACAGAUGACUGAAAUAUGCAAAAUGUCAGAGGAUGGUGUAGCAGAGGACUCGAGGUCACAGGUCGUGCUGAGGGGUCAGCCUGAGCCGGAUCACUCUGGUCUGAGCGCGAAACACGGAGACCUGACGGGAAAGAGUCCCGGCUCCGAUCCUCCUGAGACCGCUUCGUCUGCGGCCGGUCAAAUCAAAAACAGCCGCUCACAACCUGAAGAAUUCCUGGACAAUAAAUCUGUGCUGGAAAUCAGUUAUCUGUGA